AUGGACAGAGAAAAAUUAUCAAUCUUUGUCAAUCACGGUGGGAAGUUUGUUAUGCUGGAUAAUGCGAUGGAGUAUUUUGGAGGAGAUAUUCACAUUAGCCAUGGUAUUGAUAUUGACAGGUUUGGUUAUUUGGAUUUAGUAGAUGUAGUUGAGAAACUUGGUUAUGUUAAGGUUGGCAAAAUUUAUCAUAAGAUACGUGGAGAAAAUGGAUCGGUUAGUUACAUACAUAUCCACAAUGAUGCUACUUUGAUGGAGAGUCAAAUGAAGAAGAAAGAACCAAGAAGAAAAACUCCACCAGCUCAGAACUUAGUGCCACAACCCUCUGCAUCUGAGAAUCCUCCACCAGCAUAUACACAAACUGAAACAGCUCAUCCAGUUGCUCCUCAAUCUGCUAUGAAACAACCAAUUAGGAAAUCUCCCAGGUUGACUCAGACUGAACCGACUUUAAAUGAUCAUGGGAGUCAAAUACACAAAGAACGCAAUUUGAUGUCCACUGCAAGAAGAGUUCAUCUUGUACAUGGAGGCCCAUCAGGUAGAGGUGGGAGUAGUGGCAGUGCUAGUGCCAGUGGAAGUAGCUCACAUAGAGGAACUGGUAGAGGUGGUAGUGGAAGGACUAUAAGUGGCAGAGGUCACACCAUUGGCACUCAAGAAAGUGCAGCCAGUAUGUAA